AUGCUUGUGAUUGCGACGGCUCACAUCAGCAUAGACGUCGCACGCGCAUGCACCGGGUUCAACGGCACCACCGCAGCAGAGGCAUUCUUCUUUCGUGUGGAUAGUGGGACCUUCUUAGCCAAGGGUGUAUUGUGGAUGAUACAGACUAUGCUGGGAGACUCGAUCUUAAUAUGGCGAUGCUACGUUGUUUUCGGCCGGAGCGUUCUACUCGUGCUUCCAAUGAUAGCCGGCUUCCUUCUGUUCAUCUGCUCUGCGGUAGGCGUGCUCUACAAUUUCGCACACGCUUCGGCCGGGUCCGUGUUUGGCCUCAAGAAAUGGCUCACAUUGUACUUCUGCUCAACUCUUUUCGUAAACGUGGCUUGCAGCGCUGCCUUGACAAUCCAAAUAAUCCGCAAGGCGCAGAGCACGCCAAGACCUGUCAGCCGGACGGCUCCUGUAGUCGCUGCACUUGUCGCAAUCAUCGAUACGGCAUCGCUCUACACAAUCGGGUAUCUUGGAGUACUCGUAUCAUAUCUUACUGGGUCAAACGGCCAGUAUACCGCAAUCGACCUCCUAGUUCCACUCGUCGGAUUGACCUUCGUCCUCAUCAUGUUGCAAACAAGAUUCCGCAAGGCCUUCGUCGCCUCCUCGUCGCAUGCUACCUCGAAUCAAUCACGACUGAGCGCCUUUGCGGAUCGUUUACGAGAGCGGUAUCCAAGCCCCAGGGUUACGAAUAACCAUACGAUGGGGACCGUGAUCGUGGAGAUCACGCAAGAAACGGACGUCGAACGCGAUGGCGACAGUUUGAAAGCUGGCGGUGUGGAGAGCAUGAGGCUAAGGGAUGUUGAAGCUAGGUAG